AUGGCUGGAGUCGGCAUCUCCUGGGGAACCAUCAAAUCUCUCCUGGUCUUCUUUGGUCCGAUUCUUGUCCCAAGAUUGAUUGGAGGCUACCGGGCCCUUCGAGUCUCUAUCGCCAGCCGCCCACCCCCACGUCCUCUCCCUGCCGCUGCAAAUCGGGCUCUGAACCUCUUAUUCGCGAGUAUCGUCUUCUUCCUCAUCCUGAGCUUACCUUUCAAUCCCCAUGCGCCCGAGGUCAACAUCUUCGCCCUCACCCGCUCCCGAAUCAAUACCCCCUCCGAUGUGAUCUUUAACCGGCUCACUCGGCUUCGGCCCGAUGGACUAUUGACCGAUGCCGACACCCUGCUUCGAGAGAAGCUUACCUCCCUCGGCGCUCGCAAGGUUUACCUUACUUUUGGCCCCGAUGCCUUGACUUUCUGCCAGUAUUGCUCGUUCGAUAAUCUCUACACCUAUCUCCUAUACUACCUCCCCGCAAAUGUGUUACGACCUCAUCUCCUCCAUCUCCUCAUCCUCGCUAUUGCCACAUCCGCACCAUUUGGAGGACGGGAGUCUAGCCGCUGGCGUACCAAGUUCACCCUCGCCGGUCUAUCGCUAGCCAUGCUGGACCUCUAUGUUGUUGCCACAUACGACGCCGUUAGCUCGGCAUCCCCCGCAGUGCGGGCGGGUCAGACCCCUCCAACUGGUCUCUACAACAUCAUGGCACUCAUGCGGCCAUUCGCAUUCACCAUUUGCGAUAUCCUAUGCGCCAUCAUCAUCUACCUCUCAUCUACAAACCGCUUUUUCUUUAAGCCGCCUUCUACGGUGGAACAUCUCGAUCAAGCAGUGUCGGUCGCACUGGCUGCAGUCACCGGCGCCAAUUCAAAACUACACGCGGCCAGCGUAGCUCGUAAUGCAGUUGUUCGGGACAAAGCGCUAAAGUCGCGAGAUGAUCUGUACUGGCAAACCGUGGUGGCUGUGGAAAAUAACGGGGCCGAAGGCGGCGCUUCAGCCGAACGAGGCACAGUUAUGAAUAACAUCUGGGAGGAAGAAGAAGUGGCUCGAGCCAUGUCACGGACAAUGGCGGGCCAGGGAGGUGUGGAUCUGGCGCAACUCGGAGUGAGUGCCAUUGAUUUUGUACGCGGAGUAACCGACGGUUUGGACUAG